GUUACGAAGGAAUACCACGCCGCGGACUGUGCAAAUAAACUGCGCCGAAACGGGUCUGAUUCAGGGCUUAAUUAAAAGCACCUCGCCUGAGCUUAGCCCCCAUCAGUGUGCAGCACCUCAGGCUGCCAGUGCGUGGGAACAUGUACCCAUUAAAUCGUUUACAUCCUAUAAAGUUGCGGCGGUUAAGUAUAUUAAAACACGAAGGAGUAAAUUCGGAAAUAAUUCACGGCAUAGCCUAUGGGAGCUAAUGUCUGCGCGGUGUUUUUAUUUUAGUUUUGUGCUAAUUCGCCAAAUCAAAAGUGUUGACAUUAAAACUCAGUUCCUGAUACGCUAGACACGGCAGACCUUUAAAAUAAAAAUGACAUAUUAUUUAGUUAAGAAUCUGGGGGUGGAGGGGCCGUUUGUUAACAUACCGUCUCAGUAAUUAAAAAAAUACAAAUAGUAAAAUUUAAAAGGACAGUUAGUAUUUGCGCGGCACUGGACCUUCUCUUGCAGUGCGUUGUGAAAUGGGCAGGUGGGCUCGCUCUCUUUUCACUUGGCCCUGUAGUGUUUUAUUUGGUUCACGUUUGAGCCCCGAAGUCCCAGUCAGCAGCCAAGGCAUCGCACAGGGCUCCUCCAGACCAGAGUGAUUUUCUGCUCCCAGCAUCCAGCCUGUUCAUGGUCCUGGGCUCGGGCCUCCUGAUUCUUUGUUCCCCGUGGAUGCUGUGUCCAUAGGAAGGGAGGAGCUGGGGGAUUCAGGCCAAAUCAACACAAUGGGAAGCUGAAAACACCGCUGAUAGCCAUCUACUGUACACUGACCCAGUGUGCGGCAUCUAAGCCAUCAGAAGAUGCCAUGGAGCAAACUGCAGCUGGACCUUAUCCGCUGGUUCCAUGUUCAUUUCUGGAGGACUGGCCUCCAUUAUUCGCCAGUAGAUCUGCCAGUACAGCUACUGGUAAAAUACCAAUUCCAAACCAAAACAGUACCUCUGCUGUCCAAAAACCAUUUUAAAUCAGCUGAAAUAUUUCAUAGACAAUACUAGCGGGAACUUAACGGGGCAUAAAGCAUUGACUUUGUAAGUGCCAGGUGACAAAAAAGCUCUUCGACAUCUCGAAAAGGGCUAAAACACACACACACACUGUGUCGCUAUCACAGCAAGAAAUUGCAAUUGCACGAUAUCAAUACCAGUUCUAGGAAAUGAGCAAAAGUAAACUUAUUUUAAUUCCAAAUGUAUUUAUUCAUGAUAAUGUGUUUUAAAUGUUUUCUUUUUAUUGGGAAAAACUGGAGCGUGAUGGGUCAUGCUGGGUAGCGUCACGGGGGGAGGCGUCGCGCGGCCGAACCGGGCGCUGUCACUCCGCGCGUGUCACCACCCUCCGCCGCCGGACCCACAUCAGGUCGCGCCUUGUGUCCUGCCUGCGUUUCUCUGCGUUUUGCGACUUUGCCUUAAGGUCUCGGUAUGAACAGCAAUAUGCAUGAAACGGUAGCAAAGCAGGCGGAGGUGGCUAAUGAAAAGGGAGACGGCGACAGGGGAUUAUACGACAACUUCAAAACCACCAAGAAGCUGCGACCGGUGAGCGUUGCUCUUUAUUUCUGUUAUUAUAAUGUUGGUACAGUGAACAAACGCGCAUCUAUGUGCAUUAGUCGCAAACUACAUGCAUGCAGAAUUGUUCGCAUAUGGGCUAUCCUGACUAAUACGGUGAUGUGCCCGCAGCCCAAAGCCCAAGACGCGGUGACCAUCGCGGUUUCCUCUCGGACGCUGUUUAACAUGGCGCAGGAGAACCGCAUAUACGAGCAGGAGGGGCUGGAGAAGUAUGUCGCCUACCAGCAGGAGCACGAAGAGGAGCCCCUGACGCCCGGCGCAGCUUUUCCCUUCGUCAAGGCUCUGAUGACGGUAAACGCCCGCCUACGUGACCUCUACCCAGAAAGCGACGAGAUGUUCGAUAUUGUCCUGGUGACAAACAACCACGCCCAGGUCGGAGUUCGCCUGAUCAACAGCAUCAACUACUAUGAUCUGACCAUUGAGCGGUUCUGCAUGACUGGUGGACAGAGUCCAAUCGGAUACCUGACAGCAUAUAUGACAGACCUGUACCUGUCCAAGGAUUCCAAAAAAGUUCAGGGGGCGAUCGAGGCAGGGAUUGCAGCAGCCACCAUGUUCACGCUGGAGAGCGAUAACAAGCUGAAUGACAGCCAGCUGCGCGUGGCCUUCGAUGGAGACGCCGUCCUGUUCUCUGACGAAUCCGAGAUCAUCAUGAAGACGCAGGGACUCGACAGCUUCUUCGAGCACGAGAAGCAGUUUGAGAACAAGCCUCUGGCACAGGGUCCAUUGAAGUGCUUCUUGGAGGCCCUGGGAAAGCUCCAGAGGAAGUUCUAUAGCAAGGAUGAGCGCAUGGACUGUCCCAUUCGCACCUAUUUGGUGACAGCGCGGAGCGCGGCCAGCGCAGGGGCCCGGGUCCUGAAGACCCUGCGCAGCUGGGGCCUGGAGGUGGACGAGGCCCUCUUCUUGGCCGGGGCGCCCAAGGGCCCGCUCCUACAGAAGAUCCGGCCACACAUUUUCUUUGAUGAUCAGAUGUUCCACAUCGAGGGAGCUCAGAAGCUGGGCACCAUCGCCGCCCACGUGCCUUAUGGGAUUGGACAGAAAUACCACAGGGGGCAGCCUUACAACCAAGCGCCCCGAGUCACUAGGGACCCGGAUGCAGCCUUUCAGCCAUGUGUCCAGUAGAGGCAACAGUCAGUUUGGACACACGUUGGUGUUUCCUGCCCUUCUGAUCUGAGAACCUUUCUGUGAUUUAAAUCAAUUGUUUAAAUAACCAAAUUAGUUAGUAUUUAAGAGUGAAAAAUUACCUCUCCUGUCUAAAACAAAGUUUUUUAUUAUUAUUAUUAUUAUUAAUGACCAAUAUCCUGCUGAUUGUUAGUAUCAGUUAGCUGGUGCUGUUUAGUGGAGGCAUUAACUAAAAUCAAGUAAUGCAUGAGCUAAAUAGUAUGAUGUAAGUAAUGAUGUGAAUGAGUACGCGGGACAGCGCUUGCGACCGGCGCACCUCGAGGACAGUGACGUGUUCGCUCAAUCUCCCGGACACUUUAACUACCUCUUAUGUAGCUGUUUACUAAAGAGUAAAAUUGUAAGACCGUUCCACUGUAUUUUUAGGGAAAUACCGAUACGUUUUACAUGCAGAGAGAAAAAAAUGUGGUUCAGGUAUUUCCUUUGGAAGAGUAAGAAUGUGAAUUUCUGAGUGUAUUAGCUUAUAUGCACUUUUAAACAAUAUUUCUCUGGGAACACUGUGGUUAACCGUUAACCAGUUAGUCACUGCUAAUACAGUAAAUGAAAUACAAUAUUGGCAUUAUACUUUUUAGGCAACAUGUUUAUAAAACUGUUCUGUUGUGUCAAUUUUUCCAGAAUUGCAUAGUAAUUUUUACAAGUGUAUUACAUUACACUUAGGGCAUACAUACUGUAAUGCUACAACUGUGCUCACGCGAGUCAUUCCCGGCUGGCUGAUCGCGAUAUAAUUUGCUGUCCAGGUAAUUUCGGAAAAUAUGUCGUCGCGUUUGUCGCCAGCUUUAUUGCUAUCCAGUACAGGGAAUGUUUUCAACAAUCAAAAUAUGCGUUAAGUAUCUAAAGAUCUGGUUCAUUUGACACGGGGUGCAAGUUGGACUGUUUUAACUCCCUGGACCAAUUCCCUUUGAUUUGUCUGUUUACAUAUAUCUGUAAUCUGUCUGGAGUUGGUGUGUGUAAUGUUUUUCUUUCAUGUCUGUGAACCGCCUGACGUACAAAGAUUUAAAAAUAAAUUUUAAUAUAUUUAA